CAAGGAAGCGAGCACCAUGCUCCACUAAACCGAACCGUCCAUGCGCCGGAAGCUACAGUCCAUGGAUACGAUCUUGCGUAGAUUGAGAGCUUGUAGUCGGCAACCAUGGAGCUCAUGCACUGUAUGAGGCGGAGAAAGGCGCGAUGGCUGUUUCUUGCAGGGAUGAUCAUCGUAUGGUUCAGUGUUCUCUUCUCCUUGACGGUGUUCUUCUUCUGGUCGUGCGAGUCCAGGACCCCCUUUCCAGGGAAAUGCAAGAAGAGGCGUAAGAUUUAUAUGUUUCUUGCAGCGAUUGGGCUCUUCCCUGGUCCUGCACACCGUUGUCCCAUUGCACUUGUGGACAGCCCAUGGUCCGUAAAGUUCCCAGACUGGAAGAGGAAUGCCUCGUCGGUCGAUUUGGAGUUGAGUUAUGUUGUGGAAGGAAGUUUUGCGAAUGGUGGCAAGGAGCUGCCGAUGAAUCUUCUCUUUGGGGGAAAUCAAACCUUGCGACAAAGAGAAGAAAGUUUUGAUCUCGAGCCUAAGAAGAAUAUACACUGUGGAUUCGCUCAAGUUGAUGGACCAGAGUUAAUCGCUAGAAAAGAUCAAGGGUAUGUGAGCCACUGCAGGUUUCUAGUAGCCACCGGCAUCUUUGAUAACUAUGACCAACCGCAUCAGCCCUCAAAUGUGAGCCGGCUGGCUCAUAAGAUAUUUUGCUUCAUAAUGUUGGCAGACCAUGUUUCUGUCAAGACCUUCGAAGAGGGAAAAUUUCUGGUACGAGAUGAAAAUGAAGGAAACUGGGUUGGAAUGUGGCGAGUAAUUGAAAUGAAGAGCUUGCCUUAUGAUGAGGCAAGACGAAAUGGCAAGGUGCCGAAGCUUCUGCUUCAUCGGUUGUUUCCCAAAACGCGGUAUAGUAUUUGGAUUGAUGGGAAAUUGGAGCUUGUAGCCGACCCCCUCUUGAUUCUUGAGAGGUAUUUGUGGAGAGAGAAUCAGUCGUUUGCAAUUGCGCAACAUAAGUAUCAUCGAAGUGUGUAUGAAGAAGCGGAUGCAUGCAAGAGACGAAAGCGAUAUGCUCGUCCUCUAAUUGACCAACAUAUGGAGGUUUACCGUAAAGAGGGCCUGCAACCGUGGUCCGAAGCUAAACUCCCACUGCAGAGUGGUAGACGUUCCAGAGGGAGGAUUAAUCGUGCGGGAGCACACACCCAUGACAAACCUUUUUUCGUGUCUCUGGUUCAACGAAGUGAACAGAUUUACUCCGAGGGACCAACUAAGCUUCGGUUAUGUACUUCACAGGCUGCGUUACAAGUUUCCCUUCUUCAUGUUCCCCAAUUGUGAGUACAACACACUUGUUGCACUGCACAAACAUGUGCGAGAACACUCGUCCAAAUUGGAAUGGGUCAAACGAAUGGACGACCUACAGAAACUUGCUAAGAACGAAGGCAGUGCAGACAAAUUCGGCACGUAACCUGCUUGCAUAAGGGAUUUCAAAUCACCUCUAUAAAGGUGAAGGGAAGAUGCCAUCCAUGUCUUACCCAUGAUGUCAACCAAAAAAAGAUUCUUCUCAGACCAGACUUGUGGCAAUUAUCCGUAGUCGGAUGAUUGAACUGUUGUCUCUGCAACUUAAAUUGAACUGUUGUCUCUGCAACUUAAAUUUGUCGCUUCUAAGAGAGAGCACACAAGGUGAAAAGGAAGCAAAGUUUUUCUUUCACCUCACUUGCCCAUACUAGCAGGUGGUCAUCAAGCUAUAAAGCAUACGAUUUGCAUCAA